GGGCGCGGCCGCGGGCGGGGCUGAGGGCCGCGGGCGGGGCGGGCCGCGCCGGGCGGAGAGGGCGGCGGCGCCGAGGGGAGGAGACCGGCCCAUGGACCCGCGGGGCCCGGCGCCCCAGACGCUUCGCCGCCGGGACCGAGCCCAAGAUGUCGGCCUAGGCCGGGGCGCGACGACGCGCACGGGGCGGCGACGAGGCGCCGCCGGGGCUCGCGGCCGCCGGGUCCCCGAGGGCUCGCCCUGACGGGCCGCCGCGCGGGGCGGCGGGAGCGGGCGCGGGGAGCGGGCCGCGCGGCACCAUGUCGGCCAAGGUGCGGCUCAAGAAGCUGGAGCAGCUGCUCCUCGACGGGCCGUGGCGCCACGAGAGCGCGCUGAGCGUGGAGACGCUGCUGGACGUGCUGGUCUGCCUGUACACCGAGUGCAGCCACUCGGCCCUGCGCCGCGACAAGUACGUGGCCGAGUUCCUCGAGUGGGCCAAGCCCUUCACCCAGCUGGUGAGGGAGAUGCAGCUGCGGCGGGAGGACUUCGAGAUCAUCAAGGUCAUCGGCCGGGGCGCCUUCGGCGAGGUUGCUGUUGUCAAAAUGAAGAACACUGAACGCAUUUAUGCCAUGAAAAUCCUCAAUAAGUGGGAGAUGCUGAAAAGAGCAGAGACCGCGUGUUUCCGGGAGGAGCGCGACGUGCUGGUGAACGGGGACUGCCAGUGGAUCACCACCCUGCACUACGCCUUCCAGGACGAGAACUACCUGUACCUGGUCAUGGACUACUACGUGGGCGGCGACCUGCUGACCCUGCUCAGCAAGUUUGAGGACAAGCUCCCCGAGGACAUGGCGCGCUUCUACAUCGGGGAGAUGGUGCUGGCCAUCGACUCCAUCCACCAACUCCACUACGUGCACAGGGACAUCAAGCCCGACAACGUCCUCCUGGAUGUGAACGGGCACAUCCGCCUGGCCGACUUCGGGUCGUGUUUGAAGAUGAGUGAUGAUGGCACUGUGCGGUCCUCAGUGGCCGUGGGCACGCCGGACUACAUCUCGCCGGAGAUCCUGCAGGCCAUGGAGGACGGCAUGGGCAAGUACGGCCCCGAGUGCGACUGGUGGUCGCUGGGCGUGUGCAUGUACGAGAUGCUGUACGGGGAGACGCCCUUCUAUGCCGAGUCGCUGGUGGAGACCUACGGGAAGAUCAUGAACCACGAAGAGCGGUUCCAGUUCCCGUCCCACGUCACAGACGUGUCUGAGGAGGCCAAGGACCUCAUGCAGAGGCUCAUCUGCAGCAGGGAGCGCCGGCUGGGCCAGAACGGGAUCGAGGACUUCAAAAAGCACCCCUUCUUCCAAGGGCUCAACUGGGAGAACAUACGGAACCUGGAAGCACCGUACAUCCCCGACGUGAGCAGUCCUUCCGACACGUCCAACUUCGACGUGGACGAUGAUGUGCUGAGGAACAUCGAGAUGCUGCCUCCUGGCUCUCACACGGGUUUCUCUGGACUGCACUUGCCGUUCAUCGGUUUCACGUUCACCACGGAAAGCUGCUUUUCGGACCGCGGCUCUCUGAGGAGCAUGAUGCAGUCCAGCACCGUGACCAAGGACGAGGGCGUGCAGCGGGACCUGGAGAGCAGCCUGCAGGCCGAGGCCUACGAGCGGCGGAUCCGGAGGCUGGAGCAGGAGAAGCUGGAGCUGAGCAGGAAGCUGCAAGAGUCCACGCAGACCGUGCAGUCCCUCCACGGCUCGGCUCGGGGCCUGGGCAGUGCGGCCCGAGAUAAAGAGGUGAAGAGGCUGACGGAGGAGAUUGAGCGCCUGAAGAGUAAAAUAGCAGACUCCGGCAGGCUCGAGCGACAGCUGGAGGACGCGGUGGUGCUCCGCUCGGAGCAGGAGGGCUCCGCGCUGCGGCUGAAGGGCCUGGAGAAGCAGUACCGCGUGGCGCGGCAGGAGAAGGAGGACUUCCACAAGCAACUGGUGGAAGCGUCAGAGCGCCUGAAGUCGCAGGCCAAAGAGCUGAAAGAUGCCCACCAGCAGCGGAAGCUGGCCCUGCAGGAGUUCUCGGAGCUCAGCGAGCGCGUGGCAGAGCUGCGCGCUCACAAGCAGAAGGUGUCCCGGCAGCUCCGCGACAAGGAGGAGGAGGUGGAGGCCGCCAUGCAGAGGGUCGACUCCAUGCGGCAGGAGGUCCGCAAGUCCGAGCGGCUCCGGAAGGAGCUGGAAGCUCGGCUCGAGGACGCCGUGGCCGAGGCCUCCAAGGAGCGCAAGCUUCGCGAGCACAGCGAGAGCUUCUCCAAGCAACUCGAAAGUGAGCUCGAGGCCCUCAAGGGUAGGCAAGGGGGCCGGGGACCAGGUGCCUCCUUAGAGCAUCAGCAAGAGAUUUCCAAAAUCAAGUCUGAGCUGGAGAAGAAGGUCUUGUUCUACGAAGAGGAGCUGGUGAGGCGCGAGGCCUCCCACGUGCUGGAGGUGAAAACUGUGAAGAAGGAGGUGCACGACUCCGAGAGCCACCAGCUGGCCCUGCAGAAGGAGAUCUUGAUGUUGAAAGACAAACUGGAGAAGUCGAAGCGGGAACGGCUCAGUGAGGUGGAGGAGGCAGUGGGCAGCGUCAGAGACAAGCUCGAGCGAGACCGCGCCGCGCUGUCCGAGGAGAACAAGAAGCUGGCUGCCGAGAAGGAGCGGCUCUGCUCCUUCGUGGACAAGCUCACAGCCCAGAACAGGCAGCUGGAGGACGAGCUGCAGGACCUGGCGGCCAAGAAGGAGUCGGUGGCCCACUGGGAAGCUCAGAUCGCCGAGAUCAUCCAGUGGGUCAGCGACGAGAAAGACGCGCGGGGUUACCUCCAAGCCCUGGCUUCGAAGAUGACGGAAGAGCUGGAGACGCUGAGGAGCUCCAGUCUGGGGUCGAGGACGCUGGACCCGCUCUGGAAGGUGCGCCGCAGCCAGAAGCUGGACAUGUCCGCACGGCUGGAGCUGCAGUCGGCGCUGGAGGCCGAGAUCCGGGCCAAGCAGCUGGUCCAGGAGGAGCUGAGGAAGGCCAAGGACGCGAACCUCUCCUUUGAAAGUAAACUAAAGGACUCGGAAGCAAAAAAUAAAGAAUUAGUAGAAGAAAUGGAAAUUUUGAAGAAGAAGAUGGAAGAAAAAUUUAGAGCAGAUACCGGACUCAAACUUCCAGAUUUCCAGGAUUCUAUUUUUGAGUAUUUCAACACAGCCCCGCUUGCACAUGACCUGACCUUCAGAACCGGCUCAGCUAGUGAGCAAGAAACACAAGCUCCAAAGCCAGAAGUGUCCCCGUCCACACCCAUGGCUGCGAGCACCGAGCAGCAGGAGGACAUGGCUCGGGCCCCACAGAGGCUGCCCGCCGGGCUGCCACCUGCCUCCCAGGCCCUCGCUCUGGCCGGACCAAAGCCCAAAGCCCACCAGUUCAGCAUCAAGUCCUUCUCCAGCCCCACCCAGUGCAGCCACUGCACCUCCCUGAUGGUGGGGCUGCUGCGCCAGGGCUACGCCUGCGAGGUGUGCUCGUUUGCUUGCCACGUGUCCUGCCGAGACAGCGCCCCCCAGGUGUGCCCCCUCCCUCCCGAGCAGGCCAAGCGGCCCCUGGGCGUGGACGUGCAGCGGGGCAUCGGCACCGCCUACAAGGGCUACGUGAAGGUCCCGAAGCCGACGGGCGUGAAGAAGGGCUGGCAGCGGGCCUACGCCGUGGUCUGCGACUGCAAGCUCUUCCUGUACGACCUGCCCGAGGGCAAGUCCACGCAGCCCGGCGUGGUGGCCAGCCAGGUCCUGGACCUCAGGGAUGAAGAGUUCUCAGUGAGCUCCGUCCUGGCCUCCGACGUCAUUCACGCUUCCCGUCGAGACGUCCCGUGUAUCUUCAGGGUGACGGCCUCGCUCUUAGGUUCACCUUCUAAGACCAGCUCACUGCUCAUUCUGACAGAGAACGAGAACGAGAAGCGGAAGUGGGUUGGGAUUCUGGAAGGCCUGCAGUCCAUCCUGCAGAAGAACCGCCUGCGCAACCAGGUGGUGCACGUCCCACAGGAGGCCUACGACAGCUCGCUGCCGCUCGUCAAGGCCGUGCUGGCGGCCGCCGUGCUGGACAGCGAUAGGAUCGUGGUCGGCUUGGAAGAAGGGCUGUACGUCAUCGAGGUGACGCGUGACGUGAUCGUCCGCGUCGCUGACUACAAGAAGGUCUACCAGAUCGCGCUCGCCCCCAAGGAGCGGGUGGCCGCGCUCCUGUGCGGCCGGAACCACCACGUCCACCUCUGCCCGUGGUCCGCCUUCGACGGCACAGAGAGCAGCGUGGACGUCAAGCUCCCGGAGACGAAGGGCUGCCAGCUCCUGGCCACGGCAACUCUGAGGAAGGGCGCGGCCACCUGGCUGCUGGUGGCGGUGAAGCGGCUGGUGCUGUGCUACGAGGCCCAGCACAGCCGGCCUUUCCACAGGAAGGUGGCGGAGCUCGCGGCCCCGGGCAGCGUGCAGUGCAUGGCCGUGCUCUCCGACAAGCUCUGUGUGGGCUACCCCUCGGGGUUCUCCCUGCUGAGCCUGCAGGGGGACGGGCAGGCGCUGCCGCUGGUCAAUGCCCAGGACCCCUCGCUUGCGUUCCUCGCGCAGCAGCCUUUUGACGCCCUGUGUGCUGUGGAGCUCCAGAGCGAGGAGUACCUGCUUUGCUUCAGCCACAUGGGGCUGUACGUGGACCCACAAGGCCGGCGGUCGCGCACGCAGGAGCUCAUGUGGCCUGCAGUGCCUGUCGCCUGUAGCUGCAGCCCCUCGCACGUCACGGUGUACAGCGAGUACGGCGUGGACGUCUUCGACGUGUGCACCAUGGAGUGGGUGCAGACCAUCGGCCUGCGGAGGAUCAGACCGCUGAACACGGAGGGCACCCUCAACCUGCUCCACUGCGAGCCCCCCCGCCUCAUCUACUUCAAGAGCAAGUUCUCUGGUGAGGGAGCCUCCUUCUGUGACCGCUGUCCCCUGUGCUGCCCCCUAUCCUGCCCGGUCUGGGGCCACCGUGACUGCGGUCACCCUCCCUCUGCAGGAACCGUGCUCAAUGUGCCCGACACCUCGGACAAUAGCCGGAAGCAGAUGCUGCGGACCCGGAGCAAGAGGCGGUUCGUCUUCAAGGUGCCGGAGGAGGAGCGGCUGCAGCAGCGGCGGGAGAUGCUUAGAGACCCAGAGCUGAGGUCCAAGAUGAUCUCCAACCCGACCAACUUCAACCACGUGGCCCACAUGGGCCCGGGCGACGGCAUGCAGGUGCUCAUGGACCUGCCGCUGAGCGCCGUGCCCCCGGCCCAGGAGGAGAGGCCCGGCCCCCCGCCCCCCAGCCUGGCCCGGCAGCCUCCGCCCAAGAGCAAGCCCUACGUCUCAUGGCCGACGACAGGUGGGUCCGAGCCCGGCAUGGCAGCACCUCUGAGGAGCAUGUCCGAUCCCGACCAGGACUUUGACAAGGAGCCGGAUUCCGAUUCCACCAAACACUCAACUCCUUCCAACAGCUCCAACCCCAGCGGCCCGCCGAGCCCCACCUCCCCCCACAGGAGCCAGCUCCCCCUCGAGGGCCCGGAGCCGCCGGCCUACGAUGCCUGAAGCCACCGGCCGCCACCUCGUCUCCACAGGCCCCGGAGCCGCGUGGCCCCAGCGCCAGUGCCAAGACCGAGCUGACCUAGUGUUGUCCACGGAAACGGAAUGACGUGUAGAUAAGGAGACGCAGAAACUCUAUUGUAACGUGAUUGUUCACGCCUCUCCCUCAGCCGCGCCUGACCCUUGGUCCGCACCGAUGGAUGGGAAGGCGCUGGCCCGCACGACGCUCAGACCCCACCCUGGCGCUCCGCCCGGGAGGCAGGCCGCUGGGUCGGACCGCCCGCUCCCAGAGCCGCCCUGGAGGAGGAGGCAGGAAGCCUGCCGUCCAGUGUCUGGUCCCGAGGACAGGAGCGCGGGCCGGCCGGUGCCGUUCACUAGCCGCGCGUCCUCCGCUGCGGAAGUCCUGCUGACCUUGGAGCUUGGCACAGGCCUGUGCGCGGCCCUCCCGGUCACAACCACACGUCACCAGUACCUACUACUGUGAAGUCGGCUGUGCUGCUUCCCUCGCUUCCCAGCUCCACCUCCACGGCGGCUGUCCUGGUGCCGCCAGGCCCCGCCCCCGCCCGGCCCACACGGAGCCGGGCCAGCACCGAGGGCCCUCGGGCCGGGCACCCUGCACAUCGCCCCCAGCCUUUCUCGCUCAGCUCCCUGUGUGGCGUGAGGAGCCAGGCCCGAGGCCGCCGGGAGAGCCGAGGCCCUGGCCAGCGCUCCGCGUCUCACCAGACGGCUGCUCUCCGCUGCCCCGGGUGC